CGCUCUCGGGAACAUUAAACCUUUUUUUUUUUUAAUUGUUGAUGGUCCGUCCCGUUCGACUGGAGACCUGCCGUGAUGUUGCUUCAGAGGGCCUGUGAUGCGAGGUCUAGGCUGUGAAUGGCUCAGUGUCAGACUGAGCGUCAUGCUGCCGGGCAUUGGAGUCUUUGGCACGGGGGACAUUGUGCGAGCCCUCGUGCCUUUUCUCAGGGCUAAGGGAUUCCGCGUUGAGGCCGUGUGGGGGAGGACACUUGAAGCUGCGGAGAAUGUCGCCACCGAGCUCAAUAUUCCUUUCCAUACAAAUAAGGUGGACGAUGUUCUCCUCAGAAAGGAUGUGGACCUCGUUUUCAUCAUCUGUCAGCCAGACUUGCAUGCCCAGAUAGCAGUCAAGGCCUUGGGAAUUGGCAAGCAUGUCCUAUGCGACCGGCCAGCUGGUCUCUGUCAGCUUGAGGUGUUGAAGAUGGUGCACGCGGCACAGUACUAUCCCUCGCUGAUCUCGGUGAUUUCGCAUGGCCUGCGCUUCCUCCCAGCCUUUGUGCACAUGAAGCGGCAGAUUGAGGCAGGCUACGUUGGAACAGUCAACGUGUGUGAUGUGAGAGUGCACUGCGGCAGCAUGAUUGGCAGCCAGUUUGACUGGAUGUGCAGCCACCUGAUGGGAGGGGGCAUCCUGACCAUGGUGGGCAGCCACAUCAUUGAUGUGAUCUCUUUCGUGACAAGCCAGCGCGCCACUCGUGUCCAUGGCAUGAUGCGCACCUUCACCAAGAGCACAGAGAAGAUCAAUGGUAUCCGUUGGAUUGAUAGCGAUGACUUCUGUAGCUUCCAGAUGAUCCUGGACGAGGGGGCCUGUGUGACAGCCACGCUAAACAGCCACAUGGCAGGGGGCUUUGUACAGGAGGUGGUGGUAUGUGGCAGCAGAGGCAGGCUGGCUGUGCGCGGGGCCAACCUCUACGGCCAGAGACACACCUCGGAGAAGGAAGAGGAGCUGCUGCACGAAGGAGCUGAUGACGUGGCGCAUCUCACCAACAAGAACAACAGUGCCAGGAUAAACUCUCUGCUGCCCCAGCCAUACCUGCAGGGCCUGUUUCGGCUGGCGGGUGCGCUCAAGGAGGCCUUUGCCACAGGGGAUGGGGAGCACGGUUGGCUCAAGGAACCCGUUUCGACCGCAGCCACCUUCGAGGAUGGCCAGUACGUCCAGGCAGUCAUCGAUGCCAUCAAGCUUUCUUCAGCCAGUCGGCAGUGGGAGCAGGUAACUGUAGCCAAUGAUGAGAGCGAACUGAACCCUUUAAUGACCAGGCUUAAUCUCCCUAACAUUAAUAUGAGCUCUCUGGACGCACUGUCACAGGCUCCAACUAACCGAAUCACUCCACAGCGUAAGGUCACUAGCUCUGAGUCGCACCUUCCUUGGAGCUUUGCCACAAAACACUAAAAAGAAAACCAAAAAAUCAAAGCAAAAAAAGAGAAAAAAAAGUCAAAACCACAUUUGCUUUUUAUGGUGAUUUGCACUUACCAAUACAGUGGGUAGAAGUUGCUGUUUUUUUUCUUUUUCUUUUCUUUUCUAUUGUUUUUAUUUUUAUUUUAUGAUUUAUCCUCCCAAGCAAAGCUGUAUUGCAUAUGGUAAUGCAUUAUGCUAGAUGUACAUAUUUAUGCAUCUAUCUGCUGCAAAAUCCUCUUAGAUGUAGCAUAUGUUGACAGGACAGUUUCGUGUUAGUUCACCAGGAAUUUUUAUUGUGUUUGGUUUAAGUAAAGCAAGAGCUCUCAUGCUUCUAUUGCAACUCCUCUUUUGAGGAAGUUGCCUGAAUCUUGUGCUAUGUGAUAGAUGCCACACACAGCUUGCAGCAAAGGUUUUGUUGAACCACUUUCAGAAACAUAAAAAAAACACAGUAAGGAACAUGCUUUUUGCAUACAGUACUUGUAUGAAUGACUUGAUGAUUUUAUUUCUAAUCAAUGUUAGUAGAACUAUACAAAAAAAAAAAAAGAUACAGUUUGCCUAAAAUGUAGCAUUAACCAACACUAUUGUAAUGCUAUUAGGGGCAGCACAUAAUGCUUGCACAUAUAAAAAAUGAUAUUAAUUUUUGUAUGAAUUUAGAUAUUGUUCUUGCAUUUACUUUGACUGUGGCUGUAUUAGUUAUGUUUUUCAUUUCACUUCAUGAAAAAUAACGUUUACUACUCUGUUGCUAACACACAACACAAAUACAGUAAUGCCUGCAAAAAAAGCAACAACACUCAAAAUAAAAUGAGACGCAGCUGCAUUUGAUUGUCUUGCAGCUGUGUAGUUCCUCCUGCCUGUCAGUUAGGAAGUUGUGAUUCUCUCUCACACCUGCUCUGUCAACAAGAACCUGUAUCUUUAGUUGAUACCAAAGUAUAGUAUGUGAUGUUCUUCAGUCUACCUUGGGCUCUGUAACCGAUGUUUAUACUCUCAGCUUUAGUAUUGUAAAUAGCCAGAACUGAAGGGAUGUCUGUUUCAUCACUAUUUUUAUUCUGCUUCUCAAAGGGUAGGAUAACUUUAUAUCAUGCAGUGCUGCAGUAGGGUCUUAAGAUAGGUAUAGCAUGGAUAAUGCAUGUGGUAACAAAUAUUUCGCUUAGGAAUGGCUGGAAUUAUAACAUAACCACUAUAAAGCACCUUGAAUUCCUUUUUCUUUUAUCAAAGAUCAUUAUUUUUUAUAAAUGAUUUCAAAAGGUGUUGAGUAGUUUUUCUUCCUUUCUUUUUUUUCUUUUCUGUUUUCUUUCCUUUCUCUUGUGUUUGCAUUAUACCUUAUUGAAAAAGGUUGUGUCCUGUCACUCAGCAGGAAUACACUCACUGGUGAUGCUAGAAUUGGUGCCAAACACACUUCAUCUCCCCUCUUCAUUUUAGCCUGUGGCAGAUUUUGUCUUUGCUGUCCAUUCUACAAUUAAAUCUCAGUGUUGUAUAGAACUUCCAUAACAUUUUCACUGUAACUUCUAGUAUGAAUAGUGUAACUUCAGCAAUGUAUUGCCGACUCUGUCCAUGUAGAGUAGGUUUUGCUUCUGUGUUCAUCAGAUAUUUCCACAUGUUUUAUCAAAGGUAAUGGGCAUUUGUUCUAUGGGUUAUUGUAAUAGAUUAAAGUUCUCUCCCUAAUAUUUAAGAUGUCUUUAAGUGGAGCAGUUGGGUUUGUACAUAUUUUUGCUUGUUACAGCUUCAGUAGUUGUACUAACAAACAAAAAUUGCUAGGAAUAUACAUGUAAAAUCUUUGAUGAUGAAAAGAGAAAAAAGAAAAUAAUAAUUAAACUAUAUUUUUUGACAUGUGCAUAAAAGCAUAGGAAUUCCAUAUAGAUUAAGGUGGAUGUUAAUGUAUGUUUGAAGAAAAAUGUAAUGUAGUAUUUGCUUCUCAAUUGUCUGUUGAGUUCAAAAUAUAUCAAUUUUUGAUGUGCAUUAAGAAAAACGAUCUCUGUUGCUGGUGUAGAUCUCUUACACUAUUCUUUCUAAGGAUAUUUACCAAAAUGAUAUGGUACCAUGGUUCAUUUGACAGUAUUUUUGGUAUCACAUCUCUUCUGAUUAUUGUUGUUAUGAACUAAUGAAUUUGCUUAUUUUAGAGACUCCUGACCAAUGGGGCUAUUGUAUGGUAUGUGUUUUUAUAGAUGUAGUGGUUUAUGGUAAUGCCUAGUGUUAAGUUCUAAACUCUUCGUCAUAUUAAAGUAGGUGCUAAAAUGCAUAGCUUAUGGAAUCUUGGAAUGUCUGUAAAUUGAGCAUUAAUAUUAUUGCAAUUAAAUUUGACUCCCAGUCAUUAAUACGAUGGUCACACCAAAGAAUAUACACAAGAGAGAUUAUAAUGAUAAUGUUUCUGCGUAAAUGGCUCGGUUAACCCAAAGGCUGCUGGUUUAUGUACUGUCCACGGUCAUCUUUUGUGAAUGGUGUUGCACACAGAUGGCUUCACAAGUGCUCAGCCACCAAGGAGUCAGUUUGUAAGCCCAUGUGACUGUACCUGAUAUUCCAUUCCUUGAUUAUGCUUGGUUUGUUUCUCCUUUCCCUCAAUCUAAUGCUAUUAGUAUUGAUACUGCUAGUAUUGUUAUUGAUACCAUGAUUAUUGUAAUGUUAUUAGAAUACUAAUAACCUUAAAACUGGUAAAAUGAUAUGAAAAAAAUCUCACCAAAAGUCAAGGAAGAUGGUAAACAGGUAAGAUAGGUAGGACUAGUAAUAGGCUCCUUGGUGACUCGGUACUUGUGGAGCCAUCUCUGUGUCACCACGAUUACUAAAUUAAAAUUGUGUGGACACGGCAUGUAAUCUUACCAACUGCGUCCAUGGGUUAAUGACCAGAAUACUGCAUGAGCCAAAUUCAUUGUCAGUAUAGUAGAACACCCUCUCAACUUUUUGCAUUUUCUACUAGUCUUGUAAGAGUCUUAAUAUAUAUACAAUUUUUAAUAUGAUAAUGUUUGAGGAUUACUUUUAAGAGAUAAACAGAAAGGGUAAAUAUAACAACCAGGUAAUUUCCUUGAAUAGAUUGUUUAACUGAUGUCAUAAUUUAAAUCUUCCUUUAAUGCACAGUAUCUUUAUAUUCAUCAAUUAGAGGAAAUGAAGGCACAAAAGUUCAUCACAAAAUCAGAAUGCCCCUCCCCCCCACAAAAAGUAGAUGAAUUAUAAUUAUAAUAAUGAUGAUGGUGAUAAUAAUAAUUAUUAUUAUCACUGUCAUCGUUGUUAUUUUUGUUAUUGUUGCUGUUAUUAUUAUUAUUAUUAUUGUUAUUGCUUUUAUUAACAUUAUCAUUAUUAUAAUUAUUAUUAUUAUCAUUAUCAUAAAAACAUAGUAGUAAUUUAUUCAUUCAUAUUAUUAGAUUGCAGGUAAAAGAUGAUAGGAAAAUAUUCAUCAAGGUGAUCAGUCUCCCCCCAAAAUGUAAUCUAUCUCAAUUUAUUUCCAAAGUCAGUUGCUGCAAUAGAAAGUCAUGGCUUACACAUUACAGAUUUUGAAACUCUGCACAGAAGUAUAAAUCUUCAGAAAUGAUGCCAGUUUGUUUGUUUCUUUGUUUUCAAUUUGUUAAUAUGUUAUUCCAGUAGUAGUUUGGUCUACGUUUAAGAUUUUUCUGGAUCUUUACAUAUGUGACAUUUCCAUUUUUGUAAAGAAAUAAGUUAGUCAUUCUUAUUAGGUUUAUACUGUGUGUAGAGGAGCAUUUGGGAGCUUACUCUGCAUGUUGUAUUCUAGGUCCUUAUGUAAUUAUUUCAUACUAAUGGAAGGGAAUAAUCAUUUAAUCAUUCAUAAAUAGGUGUAAUACAUAUUUUGAAUGCUGUAAAAGAUAUGUCCAUACUAAGGCAUCAGAUUUUUAAGAAGUUGUAAAUUUUUAUUUUAUAUUAAGCAUCUUCUCAUGUUACGUCGCUCUGUGUUCUGCGUUAUUUAUUAUUUUUCUCUUAUUUCAGAUUAUCAUUGAGAAAAUCUAGAAACAAGGAAGCGAAAGCCAAGUGUUAUUGUCUUUUCAAAUUUAAUUUCCUCAAAACUUUAUUUUUAUACAAUUAGAAACUAUAUUACUCAA